AUGGAGAACACCACAGAAGUGACCCAGUUCAUCCUCCUAGGACUGACCAAAGCCACGAACUUACGAGUCCCACUUACAAUGAUGUUCAUUCUUAUAUAUACCAUAAAUGCCAUCGGGAAUCUGGGGAUGAUCCUGUUGAUCCUUUUGGACACUCGUCUCCACACGCCCAUGUACUUCUUCCUCAGUAACCUGUCCCUGAUGGACUUCUGUUACUCUACUGCUGUCACCCCUACGGUCAUAGCUGGGUUACUCAUGGGAGACAAGGUCCUCUCCUACAAUGCAUGUGCGGCUCAGAUGUUCUUUUUUGCAGCCUUUGCCACUGGGGAAGUUUUCAUCUUGGCUGCAAUGGCCUUUGACCGCUAUGCAGCCGUGUGCAAACCCCUGCAUUACACCACCAUCAUGACCACAGGUGUGUUUAUCUUUGUAUCCUACAUAUUCAUUUUUAUCACCAUCCUAAAGAUGCGCUCAUCUGCAGGCUAUCAGAAGGCUCUGUCCACAUGUGCUUCUCACUUUACUGCCAUCACCAUUUUCUAUGGGACAAUCAUGUUCAUGUACUUACAGCCCGGCUCCAGCCAUUCCAUGGACACAGACAAAAUGGCGUCCGUGUUUUAUACUAUGGUCAUCCCCAUGCUGAACCCUAUAGUCUACAGCCUGCGGAACAAGGAGGUCAAGAAUGCAAUCAAGAAGUUGGAAAUAAUGGAACCUGUGCCCACAGCUGCUCAGAGCUUCUCCAGCAGACUCUGUGCAUUAUUCCCGGGCUGGAUUAUUUUUCAUCUCAAACAUACUAGUUAG